AUUCAUUUGAAAAAAUAUUGGUACCUUCUUAUUCUUAAACUACUUGAACUAUAGCUAUUUAGAUAUUUCCUUAUCUUGAGAUUGAUAAGUUUUUUAAUCACAAAUUAUUGAAUUUUAUUAAUCGGGCAAGUAAGGUCAGCCGUGUUUAUAUAACUUUGGUGGACGACUAUCAAUUCUACAAAAAAAAUAAAAUAGAAAUUGAAUAAUUCCAAACCUAGUGGAUUCAUAUUAGAAAUAUCUGACAUGUCCCACGGAGUUGAGGACCAAAUAUCUGAGACAAACUCUGUUACAGAGUUUGUACCAGGUGAACAUUUGUAUGAUGGAAUUGAUGAAAAUGCUGCUUCCAAUAUUCAAAACUUGGCCAGAACUGUUUCGAGAGCAAGUAUUGGAUCUUCAAAGACUAAAAACUCUGAAGAUUUGAUUAGAUAUCUCUCACACAUGUCCCAAGUUCCAGGUAUUUCACCUUAUUCAGAAGAAGACAUAGUACCAGAAUUGAACCCAGAAUCAGACCAAUUCAAUGCUAAGUUUUGGGUGAAGAAUAUGAGAAAAUUGUUUGAUUCUGACCCUGACUACUAUAAGAAGACUUCCUUAGGGAUUGCUUACAGAAACUUACGUGCUUAUGGUGUUGCUGCUGAUUCAGACUAUCAACCAACCGUUACCAAUGCUAUCUGGAAACUUGCUACCGAAGCUGUUAGAAGUGUAAGAAAGAAGGAUGAAUCUCGUUAUUUCGAUAUUUUGAAGAGUAUGGAUGCUAUCAUGAGACCGGGUGAAGUCACUGUCGUUUUGGGUAGACCAGGUUCUGGUUGUUCUACUUUAUUGAAGACCAUUUCUGCCCAUACAUAUGGUUUCAAUAUUGGAGAAGAAUCCAAAAUCUCUUACGAUGGGUUGACCAUGAACGAUAUCGAUAAGCAUCAUAGAGGUGAUGUAAUUUAUUCUGCCGAAACAGAUGUGCAUUUCCCUCACUUGAGUGUCGGGGACACCUUGGAGUUUGCUGCUAGAUUGAGAACUCCACAAAAUAGAGGUAAUGUCGAUAGAGAAACUUACGCAAAGCACAUGGCCAGUGUAUACAUGGCAACUUAUGGGUUAUCACAUACCAGAAAUACCAAGGUUGGUAACGAUUAUGUUAGAGGUGUUUCUGGUGGUGAAAGAAAGAGAGUUUCUAUUGCUGAAGUCUCAUUAUCAGGGGCUAACAUUCAAUGUUGGGACAAUGCUACUAGAGGUUUGGAUUCUGCUACUGCUUUGGAAUUUAUUAGAGCUUUGAAGACUUCUGCUGCCAUCUUAGAUGCCACUCCUUUGAUUGCUAUUUACCAAUGUUCUCAAGAUGCUUAUGACUUAUUUGAUAACGUUUGUGUUCUUUACGAAGGUUACCAAAUCUUUUAUGGUAAGGCUGACACUGCUAAGGAAUUUUUCAUGAACAUGGGUUACGAUUGUCCACAAAGACAAACUACUGCCGAUUUCUUGACAUCUGUUACCAAUCCUUCCGAAAGAAUUGUAAGACCAGGUUACGAAAAGAUCAUCCCAAGAACUCCAAAGGAAUUUGAGGCUUACUGGAGAAAAUCUUCUGAAUAUACUGCAUUGAUUGCUGAUAUUGAAGAAUAUUUUAAGACUUGUGAAGCCAAAAAUGCGAAGGAAGUUUAUCAUGAAGCUCAUGUUGCCAAACAAUCUAAACAUCUUUCUCCAAAGUCUCCAUACACUGUUUCUUUCUUUAUGCAAACAAGAUACAUUAUGGGGAGAAAUAUUUUACGUGUUAAAGGUGAUCCAUCCAUUACUAUCUCCUCCAUUUUCGGUCAAUUCAUUAUGGGGUUGAUUUUAUCAUCUGUCUUCUAUAAUUUGCAACCUAAUACUGGGUCGUUCUAUUAUAGAGGUGCCGCUAUGUUCUUUGCUGUGUUAUAUAAUGCUUUUGCAUCUUUGUUGGAAAUCAUGUCUUUGUUCGAAUCCAGACCUGUUGUGGAAAAGCACAAACAAUAUGCCUUAUACCGUCCAGCUGCCGAUGCAUUAGCAAGUAUUCUUACUGAAUUGCCCACCAAGGUGUGUAUGUCUAUGAGUUUUAACUUUACCUUUUAUUUCAUGGUUAAUUUUAGAAGAGAUCCUGGCCGUUUCUUCUUCUACUGGUUAAUGGGUUUCCUGUGUACAUUGGUUAUGUCUCAUUUAUUCAGAUGCUUGGGUGCUGUUUCCACAUCUUUAGCAGGUGCUAUGACUCCUGCUACUGUGUUAUUGAUGGCUAUGGUUAUUUUCACUGGUUUCGUUAUCCCAACUCCAAAGAUGCUUGGAUGGUCUCGUUGGAUUAAUUACAUUAACCCAGUUGGUUAUGUAUUCGAAUCGUUGAUGGUUAAUGAAUUUAACGACAGACAUUUCGAAUGUACUUCUUAUGUUCCAUCUGGUCCGGGCUAUCAAAACAUCCCCGAAUCCUCUAGAAUUUGUUCUGCUGUUGGUUCUGUUCCUGGUAGAUCUUACAUCGACGGUACCGACUACCUUGCUCAAGCCUACAGAUACUACAACUCUCACAAAUGGAGAAACUUUGGAAUUACUAUUGCUUUUGUUGUCUUUUUCUUGGGUGUAUACAUCAUGUUGACUGAACUUAACAAGGGUGCUAUGCAAAAGGGUGAAAUUGCACUUUUCUUGCUGGGAUCUUUGAAAAAGCACAAGAAAGAACAAAAGACCAGAGCUGUUAAGAAUGAUGUCGAAGAAGGUGUUAUGAAUGAAAAGAUUGGAUAUGCAGAAGAAGCUGAAGCUUCCAAAUCUGACGAAUCCCGUGGCGAUUCUAGCCUGGACGUUGACAUUGUCGGGAAGAAUAUUUUCCAUUGGAGAAAUUUGACUUAUCAAGUUAAGAUUAAGUCGGAAGACCGUGUCAUUUUGGACCACGUUGAUGGUUGGGUUAAGCCAGGUCAAUUGACUGCGUUGAUGGGCUCUUCUGGUGCUGGUAAGACUACUUUGUUGAACUGUUUGAGUGAGCGUGUUACUUCUGGUAUUAUCUCUGAUGGUACCAGAAUGGUUAAUGGUAAUGCUUUGGAUUCUUCUUUCCAAAGAUCUAUUGGUUACGUCCAACAACAGGAUUUGCAUUUAGCCACCUCUACCGUUCGUGAAGCUUUCCGUUUCUCUGCUUACUUGAGACAACCUGAAUCCGUGACAAAGGCCGAAAAGAAUGCGUAUGUUGAAUACAUUAUCGAUUUGUUGGAAAUGUCUGACUAUGCUGACGCUUUGGUUGGUGUUGCUGGUGAAGGUCUUAAUGUUGAACAACGUAAGAGAUUGACUAUUGGUGUUGAAUUGGUUGCUAAACCAAAAUUGUUGUUAUUCUUGGAUGAACCAACUUCUGGUUUAGAUUCUCAAACUGCGUGGGCCAUUUGUCAAUUAUUAAGAAAGUUAGCAGACAGAGGUCAAGCUAUUUUGUGUACUAUCCAUCAACCUUCUGCCAUCUUGUUGCAAGAAUUUGACCGUUUAUUGUUUUUGCAAAAAGGUGGUAAAACUGUUUACUUUGGUGACCUUGGUGAAAACUGUCGUACUUUGAUUGACUACUUUGAAAAGAGUGGUGCUCAUUCUUGUCCACCAGCUGCCAACCCUGCUGAAUGGAUGUUGGAAGUUGUUGGUGCCGCUCCAGGUUCUCACGCCAAUCAAGAUUAUCACGAAGUUUGGAAGAACUCUCAAGAAUUUGUCUCUAUGCAAAAUGAAUUGGAAACUAUGGAACGUGAAUUAGUUAAAUUACCAGUUGACGAUUCUCCAGAUGCACACAAAAAGUAUGCUGCUUCUCUUUGGAAGCAAUAUCUUAUUGUUACCUGGAGAGUUCUUCAGCAAAACUGGAGAACUCCAACUUAUAUCUACGCUAAGCUCUUUUUGGUCAUUUCUUCAUCUUUGUUUAAUGGUUUCUCUUUCUUUAAGGCUGAUACUUCCAUGCAAGGUUUACAAAAUCAAAUGUUCUCCAUUUUCAUGUUUAUGAUUCCUUUCCAAACUAUUGUUCAACAGACAUUGCCUUACUUUGUGAGACAAAGAGAUUUAUAUGAAGUCAGAGAAGCUCCAUCUCGUUCUUAUUCUUGGUUUGCAUUUAUCACUGGUCAAAUUUCUUCUGAAAUCCCAUUCCAAAUUGCCGUUGGUACUGUUUCAUACUUUACUUGGUACUAUCCUGUUGGUUUGUACAAGAAUGCCGAACCUACUAAUGCUGUUGCUGAACGUGGUGCUUUGAUGUGGUUGUUUAUUACCGCAUUCUACGUUUUCACAAGUACUAUGGGUCAUUUAUGUAUUUCUUUCAUUGAAUUGGCCGAUAAUGCUGCUAACUUGGCUACCAUGUUGUUUACUUUGUGUUUGAAUUUCUGUGGUGUUUUGGCUACUCCUGAUGUUUUACCAGGUUUCUGGAUUUUCAUGUACAGAGUCUCGCCAUUCACUUACUUGGUCCAAGGUAUGAUGACCACUGGAUUGGCCAACACUAAUGUUGUCUGUUCAAAGUACGAAUACUUGGUUUUUGACCCACCUUCAGGUGAAACUUGUGGUUCCUACAUGGGUCCAUAUAUGAAGGUUGCAGGUGGAUAUUUGACUGAUGCUGCUGCCCAAGCUCAUUGUGAAUUCUGUCAAAUGAGUUCUACUAAUGCUUUCUUGAAGAGUGUUUAUGCCAUCUACUCUGAAAGAUGGAGAAACUUUCGUAUUUUUGUGUCUUACAUUGCCAUCAAUAUCAUUUUGACCAUUUUCUUAUUCUGGCUUGCUAGAGUUCCUAAGGGAAACAGAGAAAAGAAGGAGAAGAAGUCUGACAAGAAGAUAGCAGAAAAGAAGUAAGACAUGUGUUCAUCAUAUAUUCCACAUUCCUUUAUUCCCCUUAAUUUAAUAUCCCUGCUUAUUUAGUCGAUUAUAUAUUUAUACAUCUUUAUGGUUUAACUUUUCUUGUAGCUAGUUUAGGAGUCUAAUAGUUUGUAAGCGUAUAUCAGCAAAAAAAAAAAAACAACAACAGAGGGUUUGUACGAGACAGUCAUAACUAUUCAACAGCUAACUUGUAAACGUUAACAUAUUAAAAAAAAAGGGGAUGCAAU